UUAUUCGGAGCAGAUAGUAAUAGACUAACGCCCGUGGAGUUCGCUUCGUUUCCUCAGAAGGAAUAUAUUCGUGCUGUGCUCGCACUGUGUUAUCUGUAGUCUAGUUAGCUUAAGAGCCAAAGCCGUUGAAGACGAAGCAUAACGAAAACCCUCAGCAUGGGGGUGGCUGAAGACUUCGCUCCCAGCUUUGUCAAAAAGCCACAGUUGCAUCAGGAGGAUGAUGGCAAUCGAUUGAUAUUUGAGUGCCAGUUAUUGUCAUCUCCGAAACCGGACAUUGAUUGGUUUCGUAGUGACAACAAAUUAGUAGAAGAUGGUCGGACCAAAUUCAAAAUUCAACCCGUUGGAGAUAAUAAAUUUACGGUAGUAUUAGAGCUCGACGAUGUGGUAGAAACCGAUGCUGGCCUUUACAAAGUCAAGGCCAAGAACAAGUCGGGCGAAGUAUCUGCAUCAAUUAACUUAAAUUUCACACUGGGUAAGUUUUCACUACUUGAAAACGAAAGACAAAUCGACGGUUUCGCGCCGACAUUCGCGAAAAAACCCGCCAUCCGACAGGAAGAAGAUGGCAAACGUCUCUUAUUUGAAUGUCGCGUUAACGCAGAUCCCUUGCCAAACAUUACUUGGUUCCACAAUGGAGCAGAAGUCAAGGAAUCGCCACGGCAUAAGCUCACCAUUGACAAGGACGUCCACUCAUAUUUUGCAACACUUGAGAUACAAAAUGUUACAGUUGAGGAUGCUGGCAAAUACAAAGUGAAUGCAAAAAACGAAUUGGGUGAAAGCAAUGCAACGAUAAGCCUCAACUUCGACAGCGACGAAGCACCCGUGCCCGCAAGUGCCGAAGGCAUUAAGCCAACCUUUACCGAACGACCUGUAAUACGUCAAAGCGAAGAUGGGGGAAAUGUUACGUUUGAGUGUAGAUGCGUCGGAGAUCCCACGCCUACAGUGACAUGGUCCCAUGGAGAUACCGUGCUGAGUGAGGGAAAGCGCUACAAAAUGUCCUUAACAAUGGAUCAGAAACUAUACCAUAUGGCAUGUCUUGAGAUUAGUAGUGUUGUCUCCUCAGACCAGGGUGAAUAUCGGGCGCAAGCGAAGAAUAAGCACGGCCUUGGCGUGGCUACAAUAAAUUUAAAUUUUGAAAGCGGCUCAAAAAAAAUCCCUGAUGGCAAGUCGCCACGUUUCCCAAAAAAGCCAACGAUCCGCCAAGAGGAGGAUAUACUCAUCAUGGAAUGCAUAUUGGAGGCACAUCCAGUUCCGGACAUUAUCUGGUAUUGUUCCGAUAAGGAGAUCUCUGAUAAUAAAAGAACCAAAAUGACCCGGAAGGCCAUAACCAAAGAUAGUUACGUUCUAACUCUGGAGAUCCAGAAUCCCACAAAAGAGGAUGGAGGCAACUAUCGCUGUAAUGCCAUAAAUAUGUAUGGCGAAAGCAAUGCAAACAUAGCGCUUAACUUCCAAGGUGCAACCGAUGCCAACGGGUUCGCGCCAUCUUUCAUUGAGAAACCGAGGAUAAUACCGAAUGAGUCGGGCACUUUGAUAACCAUGAAGUGCAAGUGCAAGGCCAAACCAGAGCCCACUGUUACGUGGUAUAGGGGCCAGGAUGUAGUGGAGAAGAGCAAAAAGAUCAAAAUAAAUACGACUGUUAUUGCAGAAGACACUUACGAAUUAACGCUGGAAAUUAAGGAUCCCGGGGCGACCGAUGGUGGGACGUAUAGGUGCAACGUAAAAAACGAAUAUGGAGAAUCAAACGCUAAUCUGAAUCUAAAUAUUGAAGCUGAACCCGAGCCCGAGGGUGAGGGGCCCACGUUCAUCGAAAAACCUCGCAUUAUAUCCGAAAAAAAUGGCAAGCUUGUGAUUAUGGAGUGCAAGGUUAAAGCAGAUCCAAAGCCAGACAUCGUUUGGUUCCGGAAUGGCGAAGUGAUAAAGGAAAGUAACAAAAUAAAAAUGUCGAUGGAACAGCGUGGGGACCAGUACUACAUCAAGCUGGAAUUGGUAGAUCCUCAACUAGAGGACUCCGGCCUGUACAAGUGCAAUAUAAAGAACACACUGGGCGAGUUGAACGCGAACCUGACACUUAAUAUAGAAAUUGUUCCAGUCAUCAAAGACAAGCCAAAAAUUAUAAAGAUCAUCAAGAAACGUACUGUGGUGAUCGAAUGCAUAGUAGCAUCGAAGUUCGAGCCCAAAUGUACGUGGUACAAGGAAACAAACACCGUAACGGAGAGUAAGCGUCAUGUGUAUCUGGUAGAGCAAACCAAAGAUGGCGAGUUUGCGGUCAAGCUGGAAAUAAACGAAGUUGAGGAAAGUGAUAAGGGCGCAUACAAGCUGGUUGCCAGCAACGAAAAGGGCGAGGCUGUGUCUCAGAUUGUCAACCUGAUUGACAUUCCUGAAGAGGAACGUAAGCCGACCAAGCCAGAAAUUUCAAGAAAGCUCGUCGAUCAAAAGGUCACCGAGUCGAGAACCUUUGAGCUGUUGAUAACCCUGGCCCAGUCUGACCGCAAAUGCAAAUUGGAAUGGUACAAGGGAAGUACAUUAGUGCGAGAAACCAAGGACAUAACUACAACUUUUGAUGGCACCACCGCGCGGCUUACAUUCAGUAGCGCCAGGUCAGAGCACACUUCAAAUUACAAAGUUGUUGUGACUAACGAGGUCGGUAAGGAUGAGUCAUCAUGUAAAAUCACUGUGGAGAAAAAAGACAAAAAGAAAGAUGAAUUGGAAAAGGAAAAGGAAAAGGAGAUGGAAAAAAAUGAAGCUGAUAAAAAACGAAAGGAAGAGCAACUUGCUGAAGAGAAAGUUAAUGAAGAAAAGGAAAAUAAGAAGCAAGUGCAAAUGCAAAAGGAAAAUGAAAAGCGUCCGAAGGUUAUUGGGGCUGAUAAUAAUAAAACUGGCCCCGAAGAGCCUGUGGAGCAUGUAGAAGAAGAUCCAUUAGAUGUCCCACCAACGAAAAAAACAGACAGUGAAGAUGUGAAGAAAGCAGAAAAAGUGCAAGCUGAGCCGAGUACAUCUAAGGCUGAGGCUGAGGCAGAGCUAGAAAAUAUUUCCAAUAUUGUGGAAAAAGACGAAACCCAACUAAAAUCGGUAGAAGAGAAACAGAAACAGAAGCAGAAGAAGCUGAAAGAACCCGAGCUGGGUAAAAUUAAAAAUGGUACUGAACCGGAAAAAACUAAGCCAAACGCCACAGAUGAGAAACACACAAUAAAGGAAGAGGGAAGGAAGAGCGCCAAAGAAAAAUUAAAGGAAGCUCAAUCUGAUAAAAAAGAGGAAAUUAUUAGUACCCCUGAUCCUGAUCAUGCACCUGCGAGUGACAGUAAACCGCAUUCCGAAGAGCAACAAUCAACGGAACAGAUCGCUCUAAAGAAGGUUGACCGCAAGGCAAGUGUUGUAUCCAUCAAGGACGACACCACGUCUGAGGUACGUCGCCAAUCGAUAAUUAAAACUCAUGAGGAAACUUCAGUGGAAGACACCAAAGUGUCUUCACGGAGAUCUUCCCUGGCGGUGGAAGAAUCUCGAACAGAAUCCAGGCGUUCAUCGGUAAUUGACAAGAAGGCCUUAGAGCAGACUGACAGUAAAACACUAGAUGCUAACAAAAAUCCACAAGCUUUAAAGGAAGAGAUUCCUAAGCUGAAAUCAGCCGAUAAACGAAAGGUGACACCAAAGACUAUUGAGGAGCAAAAGCCGGCUGAAGUGUUGCCAAAGCUGCGUAAAGCAUCCAUUGCACAGCCCAAGGAGGAACAGAAACCAGAAGCGGCAAAGCCGAAAGCCAAGGCCAAGCCAAAAUCAAAGAAAAGUUAUGCAGAACUACCUGAUAUUCCAGACUAUGAGCGUCCAGUGCUAGAGAAGUAUGAAAAAUCGGAUUUCAGUCCAUCGGACUUUGCCCGUGAGUUGGAUAUUCCAAACAAAAUGGAAAAGCCCGUUUUGGAAGCGGCCAAAAAGGAAGCAGAGCUACCAUCUCAGAAGAAUGGAAUGCCAAAGAAGGUGGAAAUGGUAGAGAGCCCUGCUGAAGAGCCAAAGCGUCUCAAAAUUGGCAAAGGUAAACUCCCUGAUGACGAAGACAGUCGGGAUGGGGCAACACUCAAGCCGGUUAUAAUCGAACCAGAGAAGGAAAACUCAAAGGCUGGAAAUAAAACACUUCCCGAGCAGGCCAUCGAUAAACCAUCUGUGAUAGACAUUAUAAAGCAGCGACGUCGAUCCUCAAUCAGAAACAUGAUGAUCAAGGAACCAAUUCAAAACGAAUCAUUUCUUGGUGUUGUUUUGAAACCAGUAACAAAGGAAGCUACCGAGCAAGUUACCCCACAGCAAGCCAAACAAUUAACAAAGGCCAAUGCAAUGGAACAGUUUAGUCCCACAAAAGCAUCCAAGGCAAAAAUAUCCGAAGUGAAAAAGCCUGAGGCUCUUGCCGUUUUGGAUGACUUUGAGCGUCCCAGCCUAGAAAAAUAUGAACCCGUUGACAUUGAUAAAACUAAAUCAGAGAAACCCACACCAGCCUUUAUCACCCCGGACAUUAGACCUCCAGAAGUACAAUUGCCUGUGGAGACCCCUAAGGAGGAGGAAAGGCCAAAGGUGCACAAAAUGCAGCCCCCAGCACCUGGUGAUCCACCAAAGAUCGAAGUAAUACGGGAGAAGCGUCCAUCCCUAGCACCAGAGCCACCAAGUCGACGCGGCUCCCUAAUUCCUCCAGCCGAUACGGGCCGCCGACCAUCACUAAUAAUCAAUGAUGAGAAGAAACUCCGGCCCGGAGAAGUAUUGGACGCAAGGUUGUUGAGGCCAGGCGAGGUCGGUGAAGGACAGCGGAGACGACCCUCCAUCGAUGUUCGCCGUCCUAGCGUCCAAGAUCUAGAAGAUCUUAUUAACAAGCCAUCGACACCACUGCGCGAUGUCGGGGAUGGCGGACCUCCUUCUAUUGUUGAUGUCCAAGAGUCAUACUCUGUGGUUGAAGACUCGACCGCUUACCUCACGGUGGGCGUCGAGGGCAGUCCGGCACCCACAUUCAAGUUUUACAAAGGUGUUACUGAAAUCCUUGAGGGCGGUCGGUAUAAAUUCCUCACGGAUGGUCAAACAAACACAAUCACUUUGUGUAUGCGUAAGUGCAAGCCCAAUGAUGAGAGCAAGUACAAGGUUGUGGUGUCCAAUAUUCAUGGAGAGGAUUCGGCCGAGAUGCAGUUAUAUGUAUCCGAUUCAAGUGGCAUGGAUUUCCGUGCCAUGCUCAAAAAGCGUCGUUAUCAAAAAUGGGACAAAGAUGAACAGGACCCCAAUUGGGGUGAUCUCAAAGAGACCGAAAAACCAUUGCCAGCCCUUAAAAAAGUUGAAAGGAAGGUGGAGUCGUUCCUUAGUCCAUUGAUUGACCAGUUUGCAAAGGAGGGAAAGGAUAAAAAGGUUGUGUUUGAGGCCAGGUUCAGCAAGCCAAACUGCAAGCCAAAGUGGCUGUUCCGGAAGGAUGAGGUGUUUACGGGCAGCAAAUUUAAGUUCAAGCAGGAAAAUGAUACAUAUCAGCUGAUAAUUACGCAACCAAAAGUGGAAGACACUGGAAAGUAUACAAUCGAAAUUGGCGGUGUUUCCAGCACGGCCUUUUUGAAUGUAGAAGAAGCCGAUCCCACAUACACGUUUACAAAGCCACUUAAAAAGAAGCUAGAGGGCUUCACACAGCAUGAGACAACACUGGAAUGUUCUGUCAGCAGCAGCAUGGCAAAUGUGCAUUGGUUCAAGGAUAAUACGAAGAUCGAGUCGGAUGAUCCUCGCUUCCUAAUAUCCAAGGACAUAAAUGGAAAUCUAAAGCUCAUCAUAAAAGACUCACUACUGGAGGACUCUGGCCAAUACCGAUGCCAACUGGACAAGCAACCCGACAAGACUGAGUGCACUCUGAAGGUCGUGGAGUACCCAUACAAGUUCGUCAAGGUUUUGAAAUCUCAGCAGUGCAUUGAGAAGGAUACCGUGACACUUGCCUGUGAAAUCGACGAUGCUCAAGGGGACGUCCAAUGGUUUCGCAACGAUGAGGAAAUAAAGCCCGACAAACGAAUGCAAAUCGUAAAGGAUGGUCGGAAGCGCAAGUUAGUCAUCAAGGACUGCAAAGUCACCGAUGCCGGCCAAUUCAAAUGUACUACGAAUGCGGACAAGACCGAGGCAGAAAUAAUUAUUAAUUACCAAAAUCGUUUCAAUAAGAAACUCAAGGACACAGACGCCGUAGAAAGGGAGAAGCUAGUGCUCGAUGUGGAGUUGCAGGACCAGACAGCGCCUUGCGAUUGGAAAUUCAACGGGGACCCAAUAGUACCUAGCGAUCGUAUUGAGAUCAAGAAUUUAGGUGGCGGCAAACAUCAGCUGAUUUUUAAUGGCCUGGACCUUUCGGACGAGGGCGAAAUCACCUGCGAAUCUGGACAACUCACUUCCAAGUGCAAGCUGUCGGUGCGCAAAGGAGAAAGCAGACCAAACAUUGAUUGCCCUGAUGAGUUUGCCGGACCUAUUAGUGCCCCUGUAGUUGUAGAAGUACCAUUCAAAGUUAGCGGUACAAAACAAUCCCCAGUCGAGGCAAAAUUGUUUAAGGACGGUAAGCCCUUGCCAGUUAAGGAUGUGGAAGUCGCUGUGACCGAUGAUAAAGUGACGUUCAAAAUUAAAAAGCCUACGAGGGAUUUAUCAGGGCCGUAUCAAAUUAAAAUUUCCAAUGGUCAAGGUGAAGAUGCAAAGGAUGUGCAAAUCACUUGCCAGGACGUGCCUCAGCCACCGCUGAAUGUCGAUGUUACAGAUGUGUAUCAGACAUCGUGUGUUGUAAAUUUCUCCCCACCCGAAGACGAUGGCGGCACUCCAAUAUCUAAAUAUGUGAUCGAACGGCAGGACUUAAGUAAAAAGCAAGGUUGGGAGCCUGUCGCUGAAGUGUUACCUGGUGAACCGUGUAAGAGAAAAAUCGAAGACUUGGUGCCAAAGAAGCAGUACAGAUUCCGAAUUCGUGCUAUGAACAAGAUUGGCCCAUCAGACCCAGCAACAUUUAAAAACACAAUACUCGCCAAAGAUCCAUGGGAUGAGCCUGGGAAGCCCAAGGCGGUUGAUCUCACCGACUGGGAUAGGGAUCAUGCAGACCUCAAAUGGGAAGCACCAGACAGUGAUGGUGGUGACCCCAUCACUGCAUACAUUGUCGAGUAUAAAGAAAAAUUCUCAAACGAUUGGGUUGCCAGCAAGGAGGUAGACGGCGAUGCAAGAACUGCAACCGUGGAUGGUCUCAAGGAGGGUCAACAGUACGAAUUCCGAGUCCGUGCUGUUAAUCGGGCCGGACCUGGUGAGCCUAGCGACAAGACUAAAUCCAUAAUUGCCAAGUGCCGUUUCGUCAAGCCGUUCCUCGUGGGUGAUGGUCUCAAGAACAUAACUGUAAAGAAAGGGCAGACCGUUCGCUUCGACAUCAAGUACGAUGGUGAGCCGGAACCAACAGCAACCUGGCUAAAGGAAACUGAAAACCUCAAGUUUGACAACCAGCGAGUUUGCCUAGAGCAGCUGGAAAGAAACUCCUCAAUUACAAUUAAGAAGUCCGUUCGCAAGGACACAGGAAAAUACAAACUGGUGCUGACAAAUAGCUCCGGCACAAUUGAGUCCGAGGCCCAAGUUAUCGUUCUGGACCGGCCAUUGGCUCCAGCUGGCCCCUUUGAGCCAGACGAGGUUAGGGCUAGCCAUAUCAAAAUGAAAUGGAAGCGUCCGCAAGACGAUGGCGGCUGUGAGAUUACUGGCUAUGCGCUAGAACGGAUGGACGAAGAGACAGGACGCUGGAUACCUGCUGGCGAAGUGGGUCCUGACGAGACAUCGUUUGAUUUCAAAGGACUAACUCCCAACAAGAAAUAUAAAUUCCGCGUCAAGGCCAUCAAUAAAGAAGGCGAGUCAGAGCCUCUCGAGACAAGUGAUGCUAUCGAAGCCAAGAAUCCUUACGAUCCCCCGAGUCCACCAAGCCAGCCGGUUAUCGAUGACUACGACAACAAGAGCGUGUUGCUUAAAUGGAAGAGACCGCCAUCCGAUGGUGGUCGACCCAUCACUCACUAUGUCGUCGAAAUCAAAGACAAGUUCUCCCCGACUUGGAAUGAGGUCGCGAAAACAGAGGACCCCACACCGGAAUGCCAGGUGGAGGGCCUCAAGGAGAAAAUGGUCUACCAAUUCAGAGUGCGCGCAGUGAACAAGGCUGGUCCCUCCGAGCCAUCGCAGCCCACUGACAAUCACCUUUGCAAGCACAGAAACCUCAAGCCAAAGAUUGAUAGGUCCACGUUUAAGCGCGUUACUAUCAAAAGUGGUCGCACCCACAAGUGGUCGGUGGACGUCAGUGGAGAGCCAGUGCCUGAGCUGCGCUGGAGCUGGAGGGACGAUAUCCCGCUCACUAAUGGAGAUCGGAUUAAGAUAGAAAAUGUCGACUAUCACACAGACUUUGUCAUAAGUAAUGCCCUGCGCAAGGACAGUGGCUUCUACACUCUGAAAGCAGAAAAUCGCAAUGGUGAGGACAGCGAGACCAUUGAAUUGGUUGUGCUGGGAAAGCCGAGCUCUCCGAAAGGACCUCUGGCCGUUAGUGACGUGACAGCAACAGGCUGCUCACUGCAAUGGAAAAAGCCCGAGGACGAUGGAGGAGUUCCCAUCAAGGAGUACGUUGUUGAGAAAAUGGACACAGCUACUGGCAAAUGGGUACGAGUUGGGCGAUCGCCAGGGGAAAAGGAGCCCCCGAGCUUCGAUGUAACCGGGCUGAACCCCGGAUCAGAGUAUAUGUUCCGCGUAUCUGCUGUCAAUGAAGAAGGUGAAUCCGAACCGUUGACCACUUUGGUCGGCAUCGUGGCAAAAGAUCCCUUCGACGAGCCCAACAAGCCCGGCACUCCCGUGGUUACCGACUAUGACAAUCAAAGUGUUAGCCUAAAGUGGACUCCUCCCAACAAUGAUGGUGGUGCCCCCAUCCAAAAAUAUAUUAUUGAAAAGAAGGAUAAAAAUAAGCCCGAGUGGGAAAAGGCUUUGGAAAUAUCGGGUGAUCAAUUGGAAGCCACCGUCGCCGGCCUGCAAGAGUAUGGAGAAUAUCAGUUCCGCAUUGUGGCCGUUAAUAAAGCCGGACCGUCGCCCCCAUCAGACGCAAGUGUGCCUCAGAUUGUAAAGUAUAAAAAAUUGAAACCGCGCAUUGAUCGAACCAACCUGAAGCCACUGUUGGUUCGUGCGGGUAAGCCCAUCAAGUAUGAUGUUAAUGUACGUGGUGAACCUGCGCCCACAAUAUCAUGGUAUCAAAAUGAUACUGAGCUGAAGCCAACGGAACUGCCCAGCAAUAGUGAAAUAAAGAACAUACCAUACAACACCAAAAUUUCAAUUAUUGACACACUCAGAAAGAAUACUGGCAUCUACAAGAUUCGUGCCGUCAAUGAGCACGGCGAGGAUGAGGCGACAGUUGAAGUGAAUAUUCUUGGUCCGCCGGGCAAGCCGAAGGGCCCAUUAGAUGUGAAGGACGUCACUAAAGAUAGUUGCAAGCUCAAAUGGAAGAAACCUGAGGACGAUGGUGGCAAACCCAUCACGGCUUACCAAGUGGAAAAGUUCGAUAAGAAGCAAGGCCGUUGGGUACCGGUGGGUCGAACCUCUGGCAAUGACACCGAAUUUGAUGUCAAGGGUCUUCAAGAAGGCCAUGAAUAUCAGUUCCGGGUCAAGGCCAUUAAUGAGGAAGGGGAAUCUGAGCCCCUAGAGACCGAUGGCAGCAUUUUAGCAAAGAAUCCAUAUGAUGCUGCCAGCAAACCAGGUACACCCAAAAUAGAUGAUUACAACGAGCACAUGGUCAAGUUGAAGUGGGAGCCCCCUAAAGAUGAUGGCGGUGCUCCGAUUGUUGGCUACGUUAUCGAAAAGAAAGAUAAGUUCUCACCGAUUUGGGAUGAAGUACUCACCACAAAUACACCCGCGUCAGAAGCAACCGUCGAAGGCCUCACCGAAGGCAAUGUGUAUCAGUUCCGUGUUCGAGCGAUAAACAAAGCUGGUCCCAGUGAGCCCAGUGAUGCGACAGAGCCCCAUUUGGCCAAGCCAAGGAACCUUAAGCCAUCCAUAAACCGCGAGAAAAUGAAGCCCAUCAAAGUUCGAGCUGGUCAAACAGUUAAGUUUGAUGUGGAUGUUAAAGGGGAGCCAGCACCUGCACUAACAUGGAUCUUUAGGGAGAAAGACUUAACUCCCAGCGGACAAGUGCGGCUGGAUAACGAAGAUUAUAAUACUAAGCUGACCGUAUUGGAUACAUCUCGCAAAGAGAGCGGCACGUACAAGCUGCGUGCUGAGAACAUAAAUGGCGUUGAUGAAGCUGAGGUGGAGGUAAUAGUCCUGGACAAGCCCUCGAAACCAGAAGGCCCGCUGGAGGUCUCCGAUAUUCACAAAGAGGGCUGCAAACUUCAAUGGAAGAAGCCGAAAGACGACGGAGGCGUACCCAUUACAGGCUAUGUGGUAGAAAAGAUGGAUACCGCAACGGGCAAAUGGGUGCCGGCAGGAUCGGUAGAUCCCGAGAAGACAGACAUUGACAUCAAGGGCUUGGAUCCAAACCACCGAUACCAGUUCAGAGUGAAGGCAGUGAAUGAAGAGGGCGAGUCCGAACCCCUCGAAACUGACUCGGCCAUCACUGCAAAGAAUCCAUAUGAUGUCUCGGCCCCGCCUGGAUUGCCAGAGCUCGAGGACUGGGAUGAGCAUCAUGUUAAACUCAAAUGGGAGCGCCCCAUUCGAGAUGGCGGCUCUCCCAUCACUGGCUACAUAGUCGAAGUUAUGGACAAGGACUCUGGAGAGUUUGUCAAGGCCCUCGAAACAGAUGGACCGCUUUGCAAGGGUGUCGUUAAGAAACUAGAAGAGGGACAGCAGUAUAAAUUCCGUGUUCGUGCCGUAAACAAGGCCGGCACAUCCGAUCCAUCCGAGCAAACAAAUUGGCAUACAGCUAAACCAAGGUUCUUAAAACCGCACAUUGACCGCACAAAUCUGAAGCCUGUAAUUGUGAAGGCUGGCCUAUCUAUCAGCUUGGACAUCAACGUAAAGGGAGAGCCUGCGCCGAAAGUGGAGUGGCUCUUCAAUGGAUCUCCCCUGGUCAGCGACGAGGACGACGAGGGCAUUAAGAUUGAUAACAUUGACUACAACACCAAGUUCUUUGUAAUGCGCGCCAAGCGACCACAAAGCGGAAAGUACACAAUCAAAGCUUCCAAUGAGGUCGGCGAGGAUGUGGCUGAAUUGGAGGUGACGGUGUUGGGCAAGCCAGGAAAGCCGAAGGGUCCCCUGCAAGUCAACGACAUAACCAAGCACAGUUGCAAGCUCAAAUGGGAAAAGCCGGAGGAUGACGGCGGGGCGCCGAUUGACUAUUAUGAAAUAGAAAAGCUCGAUCCGCACACUGGCCAGUGGCUGCCCUGCGGAAAGAGCACAGAGCCCGAGGCGAAGGUGAUUGGCCUUCACGAGGGAAAGCCAUACAAGUUCCGCGUUAGGGCUGUCAAUAAGGAGGGAGAGUCUGAGGACUUGGAAACGGAAAAGCCAAUUAUUGCCAAGAAUCCGUUCGACGAGCCAGAGAAGCCCGGCAGGCCAGAUCCCACUAACUGGGACAAAGAUUUUGUGGACUUGGCCUGGGAUGCGCCCAAGAGUGACGGCGGAGCGCCAAUACAAAAAUACAUCAUUCAAAUGCGUGACAAGUCGGGGCGGGCCUGGGUCGAUGCUGGCACAGUUCCUGGAGACAAGACCAAGGGCACUGUGACCGGCGUUGAAGAGGGCCACGAGUACGAGUUUCGCAUUGUGGCAGUCAACAGGGCGGGACCGAGCGACCCUAGCGAUGUAUCAAAAUCUGUGGUGGCCAAGCCGCGCUUCCUCAAGCCUCAUAUAGAUCGAAAGAGCCUGCAAAAGAAAAUCAUGCGCAGCGGACAAAUGCUGCACAUGGACGCUGCAGUGAAGGCAGAGCCCCCAGCCAAAAUUACAUGGACAUACAACGGGGCGGAAAUCAAAUCUGGCGACACAAUUAAAAUCGAAAAUGAGGAAUACAAGACCACCUUUAUUAUGCCAAAGGUUAGACGGGCUGAUCGCGGCACGUAUGUCGUGACAGCCAAAAACGAUUCGGGCACCGACACGGUUGAAGUGGAGCUGGAGGUGCUGUGCAAGCCCAGCAAACCGAAGGGUCCUCUAGCCGUCUCCGACGUAACUGCCGAGAGCGUUCACCUGAAAUGGGACAAGCCCGAAGAUGAUGGAGGGGAACCCAUCGAGAACUAUGUUGUGGAACGCAUGGACACAGAGACAGGCCGAUGGGUGCCAGUGCUCACAACCAAAUCACCAGAAGCCGACGUCACAGGCCUCGCAGAAGGUAAGGAGUACCUUUUCCGCGUGAAAGCCGUCAAUAGUGAAGGGGAGUCGGAGCCCCUAGUAUCGGACACACCGACCACAGCUAAGAAUCCAUUUGACACAACUGACACCCCUGGCAAGCCUCAAAUUGGCGACUGGUCUGCCAGCCAUGUCGACCUUAAGUGGAGGGCUCCAGAUGACGAUGGUGGGGCGCCAGUGACUGGCUACAUUGUAGAAAAGAAGGACAACAGUACCGGCAAGUGGCAAAAGGUGCUGGAAACAAAUACGCCCGACUGCAAGGCACGCGUAAAUGACCUGAUUGAAGGCAAUAAAUAUCAAUUUAGAGUCAAGGCCGUCAACAAGGCAGGCCAAAGCAAGCCUUCCGAGCCAUCAGACCAAAUGACCGCCAAGGAUCGAUUUGCUCCACCCAAAAUUGACAGGACCAAUGUCAAGGAUAUCACCAUUAAAGCAGGCCAACACCUUCGGUACGACAUCAAGGUAUCCGGAGAACCACCCGCGACCAAAACCUGGUUCCACAACAAGGCACGCCUGGAGAACGACGACAGCGACUACAAUAUUGACAUGGAGUCGUACCGCACCAAGCUGGCUGUGCCUUUUGCCAAGCGACUUCAUACAGGAAAAUAUACAAUUAAGGCAGAGAAUGAGUCUGGCCACGACGAAGCUUCAUUUGAGGUCACUGUGCUGGACAAGCCAGGUGCUCCAGAGGGGCCACUGCGCGUUACUGAUGUGCACAAGGAGGGCUGCAAACUCAAGUGGAAUGCUCCGCUUGAUGACGGUGGUCUGCCCAUAGAGCACUACAUUGUGGAGAAAAUGGACGUAGAAACUGGACGCUGGAUGCCAUCUGGUCGCUUCAAGGAGCCCUUCGCCGAGCUGAAUAAUUUGGAGCCUGGACAUGAGUACAAGUUCCGAGUGCUAGCUGUAAAUACUGAAGGCGAGUCCGAACCAUUGCUUGGGGAGCAAUCUAUUAUUGCGAAAAAUCCAUUCGAUGAGCCUGGCAAGCCUGGUACUCCGGAAGCAGUGGACUGGGAUAAGGAUCAUGUUGACUUGGUCUGGCGUCCACCGCUCAACGAUGGUGGCUCACCCGUCACCAGUUACGUUGUUGAAAAACGCGAAAAGGGCACCGACAAGUGGAUCAAGGGUGCUGAGGUACCUGCUCCAGCCUUCGGCGACGAGUGCAAGGCGACAGUACCGAAUCUCAAUGAAAACUGCGAGUAUGAGUUCCGAGUGAAGGCCGUUAAUGCGGCUGGGCCCGGGGAACCAUCUGACACCAGCAAAACCAUCAUAACAAAGCCAAGGAAAUUGGCGCCCAAGAUUGACGGUAGAAACAUUCGUACUUACAACAUCAAGGCUGGUGAGCCCAUCUUUCUGGACAUUAACGUGUCCGGAGAACCGGCACCCGAAGUUACUUGGACCCAAAACAACAAGUCUGUGCAGUCGACAGCAGCCACUCGUAUCGAGAAUGUUCCGUACAACACCAAGUACAUCAACAACAACUCAGAACGAAAAGACACCGGACUCUACAAGAUUACUGCGCAUAACCUCUAUGGGCAGGACCAGGUGGAGUUCCAAAUAAAUAUUAUAACUAAGCCUGGCAAGCCCGAAGGCCCCCUGGAAGUAUCAGAUAUACACAAGGAUGGCUGCAAGCUAAAAUGGAAGAAGCCAAAGGACGACGGUGGAGAGCCAAUAGAGAGCUAUUUGGUUGAAAAGCUCGAUCCAGACACUGGCAUUUGGCUUCCUGUGGGCAAAUCGGAUGUACCAGAGUUUACAGUCGAUGGUCUGGUGCCUGGCCACGAGUAUAAGUUCCGAGUGAAGGCCGUUAACAAGGAGGGAGAGUCUGAACCGCUGGAGACUUUGGGCUCGAUUAUUGCUAAAGAUCCAUUCACUGCACCAUCAAAGCCAGGAGCUCCAGAACCCACCGACUGGACUGCGAACAAAGUGGAUCUUGCUUGGCCAGAGCCAGCCAGUGAUGGAGGAUCACCCAUAACCGGGUACAUAAUCGAGGUGAAGGACAAGUACAGUCCGCUGUGGGAAAAGGCGCUGGAAACAGACUCCCCAGCCCCAUUAGCUACUGUCAACGGACUCAUCGAAGGAAACGAGUACCAGUUCCGAGUAAUUGCUCUGAACAAAGGUGGUCAGUCGGAGCCGUCUGAUGCUAGCAAAACAUUCAUUGCCAAGCCUCGCUAUUUGGCUCCCAAGAUAGAUCGCAGAAAUCUUCGCGAUAUAGUGAUAUCGGCUGGAACAGCUCUUAAAUUAGAUGCGAACAUUAUCGGCGAACCUGCUCCCAAGGUCGAGUGGAAGUUUUCCAACUAUCCAUUGCAGUCGGGAAAGAAUGCCACAAUCGAGACCCCCAACUACUACACCAAGCUCGUUAUUCGACCAACUGAACGGGGUGAUUCGGGAGAAUACUUGGUCACUGCGACGAACAGCUCUGGCAAGGAUAGUGUGCUCAUAAAUGUUGUAAUCACUGACAAGCCCACACCGCCAAACGGGCCUCUGCAAAUUUCCGAUGUACACAAGGAGGGAUGCCACCUCAAAUGGAAGCGCCCAAGUGAUGAUGGCGGCACUCCAAUAGAGUACUUCCAAAUUGACAAGUUGGAUCCCGAAACUGGCUGCUGGAUUCCUUGCACUCGCUCAACUGAGCCACAUGCGGAUAUCAAUGGCCUCACCCCCGGCAAUGAGUACAAGUUCCGAGUGUCUGCUGUGAACUCAGAGGGAGAGUCGCAGCCGCUGGUGGGUGAGGAAUCGAUUAUUGCAAAGAAUCCGUUCGACGAGCCGGGAAAGCCGGAGAACUUGAGAGCCACCGAUUGGGACAAGGACCACAUUGACUUGGCCUGGACUCCACCAAUUUCUGAUGGCGGAUCACCUAUCACCGGAUACUUGAUCGAAAAGAAAGAUAAAUACGGCCAAUGGGAGAAAACGCUGGAAGUGCCAGCAGAUCAGCCAUGCCAAGCCACUGUUCCUGACCUCAUCGAAGGUCAAGCCUACGAGUUCAGAGUAAGCGCUGUUAAUGCUGCAGGCCCAGGAGACCCUUCGGACGCCACACCCCCAAUUGUGGCAAGGUCACGGAACAAGCCACCCGUCAUUGACCGAUCGAACCUCAUUGAAGUGCGUAUUAAGGCUGGACAGGCAUUUACAUUUGACUGCAAGGUCUCUGGAGAGCCAGCACCCAAGACUAAAUGGCUGCUCAAGAAAAAAGAAGUCUGCACAAAAGAAAACGUUAAGGUAUCGCAUGUGGACUACAGCACUAAGCUGAAAGUCACCAAUGCCACACGUGCUGAUUCGGGUCUGUAUACCGUAUAUGCGGAGAAUGUAAACGGAGAGGACAGUGCUGACGUUAAGGUUACUGUGAUCGACAAGCCGUCGCCGCCCAACGGCCCCCUUAAAGUUGAUGAUAUUCAUGCGGAAGGAUGUACACUGCAUUGGAACCCGCCUGAUGACGAUGGUGGCCAGCCAAUAGACAGCUACCAGGUGGAAAAACUCGAUGAAGUUACUGGACGUUGGGUGCCAGCCGGAGAGACGGACGGGCCAAGUACCAGCUUCAAAGUCAAGGGCCUAACACCGGGACAUAAGUAUAAGUUCCGAGUAAGGGCCAAAAAUCGUCAAGGAACCUCAGAUCCCCUUACAACACCCCACGCAACUGAAGCGAAGAACCCCUACGAUGAGCCGACAAAGCCUGGAACACCCACAAUCAAAGACUUCGACAAGGACUUCGUUGAUUUGGAAUGGGCUAGACCAGAAAACGAUGGCGGCUCCCCCAUCAGUGGAUACAUCAUCGAAAAGCGUGACAAGUACUCACCCGAUUGGGAGAAGUGUGCGGAGGUCACCGGCGACGUGCCCAACGGCCACGUUUCCGACUUGAUUGAGGGCGUUAAAUACGAGUUCCGUGUUAGGGCUGUUAACCAAGCUGGCCCAGGCAUUCCGAGCGAUGCCACCGUGCCACAUGUGGCGCGCCCCAAGAACCUGGCUCCGAAGAUAGAUCGCAACUUUAUGUCGGAUAUCAAAAUCAAGGCUGGAAAUGUGUUCGAGUUCGAUGUACCAGUCAUUGGUGAGCCGAUUCCCAGCAAAGAAUGGACUCAUGAGGACAGCAUGGUCAUAAACACAGACAGAGUAAAGAUUUCGAAUAAUGACGAGCGCACAAAGUUGCGUAUUCUGGAUGCCAAGCGAUCCGAUUCCGGGGCCUACACAUUGGUGGCUCGGAAUGUCAAUGGCGUUGAUCGGCACACCGUGAAAGUCACCGUACUGGACGUGCCUGGUACGCCCGAAGGUCCAUUGCGUCCUGAUGAAGUCACUAAAAACUCAAUGUGCUUGCGGUGGAGGCCCCCCAAGGACGACGGUGGCUCUGAGAUAACGCACUAUAUUGUUGAGAAAAUGGACAACGAGGCACUGCGAUGGGUGCCAGUCGGAGAAUGCGCAGGUACUGAAAUCCGAGCCGAUAACUUAAUCGAAAACCAUGACUACAGCUUCAGGGUACGAGCUGUUAAUAAGCAAGGCCAAUCGCAACCAUUGGGCACCAUUCAGCCGAUAACAGCUAAGGAUCCCUUCUCACAUCCAGACAAGCCCGGACAGCCGCAGGCUGUGGAUUGGGGCAAAGACUUUGUCGACCUGGAGUGGGCUGCACCAAAGCGGGAUGGCGGAUCUCCCAUUAUAUCGUACAAUGUGGAAAAAAGACCAAAGUUUGGCCAAUGGGAACGUGCUGCAGUGGUGCCUGGCGAUGAGCGAAAGGCCCAUAUACCCGACUUGACCGAUGGCGGGGAAUAUGAGUUUCGCGUUAUUGCAAUUAACCGCGGUGGUCCGAGCGAUCCAUCCGAUCCUUCCAGCACAGUGACUUGCAAGCCCCGCUUUUUGGCUCCACACUUCGACAAAUCCCUUUUGAAUGACAUCACAGUCCAUGCUGGCAAACGCUUGGGCUGGACUUUGCCCAUAGAAGCCUCUCCAAAACCAUCUAUUCAAUGGUUGUAUAAUGGCAAGGAAAUCGGUCCGAAAUCCCGAGGCGAGUCGCAUCUUUUCCAAAACGAACUCACUUUUGAAAUUCCUUCGGCACUGCGCAGUGACGAAGGUCGCUACACACUUAUACUAAAAAAUGAGCACGGCUCGUUUGAUGCAUCGGCGCAUGCCACUGUUCUGAAUAGACCGUCGCCCCCAAAGGGACCUUUGGAUAUUUCAAAGAUAAGCAGAGAUGGCUGCCAUUUGGGCUGGCAUGUGCCAGACGACGAUGGCGGCUCGCCGAUAUUGCACUAUAUUAUUGAGAAAAUGGACCUGUCUCGAGGCACUUGGUCCGAUGCGGGAAUGAGCACGCACCCGGUCCAUGACCUAACACGUCUUGUUCACCGUAAGGAGUAUUUGUUCCGCGUGAAGGCAGUCAAUGCGAUCGGAGAGUCAGAGCCAUUGGAGGCUGCAAAGAGCAUUAUUGCAAAGAACGAAUUCGACGAGCCCGAUGCACCUGGCAAGCCAAAUAUUACUGAUUGGGAUCGUGACCACGUUGACUUGCAAUGGGCUGCGCCAAAGGCAGAUGGCGGAGCGCCUCUAACGGAGUACAUCAUACAGAAGAAGGAAAAGGGCAGUCCCUACUGGACAAACGUUCUGCAUGUCCCGCCUAACAACACUUCCGCCACUGUACCCGAGCUGACCGAGGGACAAGAGUAUGAGUUCAGGGUGAUUGCCGUUAAUCAAGCCGGACAAUCGGAGCCAUCGGAGCCGUCCGACAUGAUUAUGGCAAAGCCCAGGUAUUUGCCGCCAAAAAUAAUAACACCACUCCACGAAGUGCGCAUUAAAGCUGGGCUCAUAGUUCAUGUUGACAUUGAUUUCAUUGGCGAACCGGCUCCAGAGGCAAUUUGGACACUGAACAAUAAUCCACUAAAGUCGAAUGACAGAUCAACAAUCACAUCGAUCGGUCACCACACUGUUGUUCAUACCGUCAAUUGCCAACGCUCUGACUCGGGAAUCUAUCAUUUACUUCUGCGCAAUGAUUCCGGCAUCGAUGAAGGAAGCUUUGAACUGAUUGUGCUGGACCGUCCCGGACCGCCGGAUGGUCCAAUGGAGUACGAGGAAAUAACCUCGAAUUCGGUGACCAUAUCGUGGAAACCGCCGAAAGACAACGGUGGCUCCGAGAUAUCGGCAUAUGUUAUAGAAAAACGAGACCUAACACAUGGUGGCGGAUGGGUGCCAGCUGUUAAUUAUGUAAAUGCAAAGUACAACCAUGCAGUUGUGCCCAGAUUAUUGGAGGGUACCAAAUACGAGUUCAGGGUGAUGGCUGAGAACCUUCAAGGACGAUCUGAUCCAUUAAACUGUGAGCAGCCCGUCGUGGCCAAGAAUCAGUAUACCGUGCCAGGCGCGCCUGGCAAGCCGGAGCUUGCCGACAGCGACAAAGACCACAUUUCGAUCAAAUGGAAGCAGCCAAUCAGCAAUGGGGGCUCUCCCAUUCUGGGCUACGACAUUGAGCGUCGAGACGUUAAUACGGGUCGGUGGAUUAAAAUAAAUGGCGAACCAGUGCCGACUACCGAAUAUAAUGACGAUAGAGUCACGUCAAACCACCAAUAUCAAUAUAGAAUAUCGGCCGUCAAUGCGGCUGGCAACAGCAAGCUCUCUGAGCCGUCAGCCACCUUCGAUGCCCGCCCGAUGCGAGAGAAGCCUAGAUUACAUCUGGAUGGAUUAUUGGGCAGACGUGUUAAGGUGCGCGCUGGCGAGCCUGUUAAUAUAAAUAUACCAAUAUCCGGUGCUCCAACUCCGACCAUUGAAUGGAAGCGAAGUGACACCAAAGUACCCGAUGGCAAACGAGUUUCCUACGAAACGAAUUCGGAGCGCACCAUAUUUCGAAUUGACGACUCAAACCGGCCAGAUGCUGGCAAAUAUACAGUUACAGCGGCCAACGAAUUCGGAAAGGAUUCGGCGGACAUUGAAAUUAUUGUCGUAGACAAGCCAGCACCCCCAGAGGGUCCGUUGAGCUACACAGAGAUAUCGCCAGACCACAUCUGCCUGCAGUGGAAUCCACCGAAAGACGACGGUGGCAGUGAAAUAACUGGAUACGUUCUCGAAUUCACCGAGUUCGGUGUUGAAGACUGGAAGCCGGUGCCCGGCUAUUGUCCAAAGCCGAGCUACACAGUGAAGGGACUUACCGAAGGGAAGAAAUAUGUGUUCCGUGUUAGGGCUGAGAAUAUUUAUGGUGUAUCCGAGGCCCUCGAUGGAAAACCUGUUAUAGCGAAGUCUCCCUUUGACCCACCAGGCGCACCAUCGCAGCCAACCAUUGCAGCCUAUUCACCGAACUCGGCCAGCUUGGAAUGGCAUCCUCCAGAAUACUGUGGCGGUAAGCCAGUAACAGGAUAUGUGGUCGAGCGCAGAGAGCGUGGUGGUGAAUGGAUUAAAUGUAAUAAUUACCCAACGCCAAACACCAGCUACACAGUACCAGAUCUGCGGGAAGGAGCUCGUUACGAGUUCCGGGUGACCGCUGUAAAUGAGGCAGGUCCUGGUCAGCCAUCUAAACCGUCGGAUUCCAUUACGGCCGAGCUUCAGCGCUACCGUCCAGAUGCACCCGAGCCACCAAAGCCAGACCGCAUUACCAGGGAUAGUGUCACUUUGUCUUGGAGGGCACCGCGCAAUGAUGGAAAGUCAAGAAUUAAGGGAUAUUACGUUGAAGUGCGUCCAAAGAAUUCAAAGGACUGGGUUCCAGUCAACGAAACAUCCAUCAACUCCACCGUGUUCACAGUCCCAAAUCUGAGGGAAGGGGAGGAAUACUCGUUCCGUAUUAUUGCUGAAAACGAUGUUGGUCGUUCAGAUCCAUCCAAGCCUUCCCAGCCAAUUGCAAUCGAAGAACAGCCGAACAAGCCAUGCAUGGACUUGGGAGGAGUGCGCGACAUAGUUUGCAGAGCCGGAGAUGAUUUCAGCAUUCAUGUGCCUUAUGUGGCUUUCCCCAAGCCCUCUGCCUUUUGGUAUUCCAAUGAUAGCGUCGUGGAUGACGACAAUCGUGUGCACCAGCACUUGACUGACGAUGCAGCGUCAUUUGUCGUGAAAAACUCAAAGCGCUCUGACUCGGGCCAAUACCGAAUUCAAUUAAAGAAUCCUUCCGGCUUUGAUACGGCUACCUGUAAUGUAAGGGUUCUAGAUAGGCCGAGUCCCCCAAUCAACUUGCGCGCAGACGAGUUUGCCGGAGACGCACUGACGCUGUACUGGAAUCCACCCAAGGACGAUGGCGGCUCACCCGUGCAGAACUAUAUUAUAGAAAAAAAAGAAGCUCGCUCCUCCACGUGGACCAAAGUUAGCAGCUUCUGCACAGUUCCCUUUGUUCGUGUGCGAAACCUAAGCAUUAACAAGGAGUACGACUUCCGCGUAAUAGCCGAGAAUAAGUAUGGACAGUCUGACCCAGUCAGUACCUCAGAGCCCAUACGGGCCAGGCAUCCAUUUGAUGUUCCCAACGCUCCUGGAAUACCACGCGGCAUCGAUUCAACAGAGGAUAGCAUUACUAUCGCUUGGGCGAAACCAAAACACGAUGGAGGUUCCCCAAUCACUGGCUACGUUAUUGAGAAGCGUCUGCUGAGCGAUGAUAAGUGGACCAAGGCGGUUCACGCGCUGUGUCCAGAUCUAACCUGCAAGAUACCCAACUUGAUUGAAAAUGCGGAAUAUGAGUUUAGGGUGGCUGCUGUCAAUUCAGCCGGGCAAUCGGUCUUCAGUGCAUCCAGCGACCUAAUAUACUGCCGCCGACCACCACACGCUCCCAAAAUCACGUCUGACUUAUCGAUUCGCGAUAUGACAGUCAUUGCAGGUGAAGAGUUCCACAUUACUGUGCCGUAUCAUGCCAACCCCCGGCCAACACCAACGUGGAACGUAAAUGGUGUCGAAGUAAUUCCAGACGAACGAAUUCGAUUUGACACCGAUGACUAUGCCUCAGUGUACUUUAAUAAAUCGGCGAAGCGAUCAGAGACCGGCUCGUAUACAAUUACUCUAAAUAACACGAAAGGAUCGGAUACCGCCUCAUGCCAUGUGACAGUCGUAGAUAGACCAGGCCCACCUCAAGGCCCAUUGAAUGCCUACGAUAUUACUCCGGACACAUGUACACUGGCAUGGAAAACACCACUUGACGAUGGUGGCUCACCAAUUACGAACUAUGUGGUUGAGAAACUGGACGCCAGCGGUACAUGGGUAAAGGUGAGCAGUUUUGUUCGCAAUACGCACUACGAUGUUAUGGGUCUUGAGCCGCACCACAAGUACGACUUCCGUGUCAGAGCAGAGAACCAAUAUGGUUUGUCUGACCCACUCGACAUGCCAAAUUCCAUUGUGGCCAAGCACCAAUUUACAGUACCGGACGAGCCUGGCCAGCCGAAGGUGAUCGACUGGGAUUCUGGAAAUGUCACACUGAUCUGGACACGGCCAGCCAACGAUGGUGGCUCCCGCAUUCAGGGAUACCAGAUAGAGUACCGCGACAUCCUCAACGAUUCCUCUUGGAACACAUACGAGUAUCUGAUUAAGGACUCCAAAUAUCAAUUGUACAACCUCACCAAUGGCAGCGAGUAUGAGUUCCGCAUCAAGGCCAAGAAUGCUGCUGGACUGAGCAAGCCUUCCCCGCCGUCGCUGAGGUUUAAACUCAAGGGAAAAUUCAAUGUUCCAACACCCCCAGGAACCCCGCAAGUCACUAGAGUCGGUAAGAACUAUGUCGACCUAAAGUGGGAGAAGCCCGCAAGUGACGGCGGCUCCCGAAUUACCGGCUAUAUCAUUGAACGAAGGGACAUCGGGGGUGCAGUUUGGGUAAAGUGUAAUGACUACAAUGUCCUGGACACCGAGUACACUGUCAUCAACUUAAUGGAGAUGGGCGACUAUGAAUUCCGCAUCUUUGCUGUAAAUGCAGCCGGUCGCUCGGAGUCCAGCUUAUGCACAAUGCCAAUCAGAGUGUGUGAAGUCUUGGGUGGCGAAAAGCCGGAAUGGGUCACACGAUUACAGGACAGAAACGCUCCCUGUGGGAAGGACUAUACACUGCAGUGUGCCGCUUCUGGCAAGCCCACUCCCGUGGCCAGAUGGCUGCGCAAUGGCAAAGAAGUUCAGAUGGGCGGCGGCCGUAUCACAUGCGAUAGCAAGGACGGAGUGUUCCGCCUGCAUAUAUCCAAUGUGCAGAGCGGAGACGAUGGCGAUUAUACAUGUGAGGCAAUCAACUCACUGGGAUUUGUUCACACAUCAGGCUACCUGAAAAUCGGAUCUCCCCCGAUCAUUAACAGGUGUCCCAGCGAGCUGUACCUUCCAGAAGGUGACAAUACGAAGAUAAAGAUUUACUAUUCUGGAGAUCAGCCGCUAUCUGUAAGGAUCACAAGGAAUAACGAAGUUCUUUCAGAUAACCCAGAUGAAUCACACUUUAAGUUUACCUUGUUUGACGAUUAUGUUGCGAUCUUCAUUCGAGACAUUGUGAAGAGUGACGCAGGCCUAUAUCAAAUAGAAUUAUCAAACGAUUCCGGAAGUGCAAUUGGACAGUUUGAUGUACGUAUCACUGGCCUACCGUCAGCCCCCACAGGUCCCAUGGGGGUAUCCCACAUCAACAAGCACUCGUGCACUCUGGCCUGGCGUGCUCCCUCGUACGAUGGUGGUCUCAGAGUGACACAUUAUGUGGUAGAGAGGAAGGAUGUGGCCUCACCGCAUUGGAUAACAGUAUCUAGCAGCUGCAAAGACACGUCCUUUAAUGUGCAGGGUUUAAUUGAAAAUCAAGAGUACAUAUUCCGCGUGAUGGCUGUAAACGAGAACGGCAUGGGUCCACCACUGGAAGGACUUAAUCCCAUCCGCGCAAAGGCCCCAAUUGAUCCUCCCUCGCCGCCAGGCGUUCCUCAAAUCUCUGAGAUCGGAGGUGAUUUUGUGCAUUUGGAAUGGAGCAAACCGGAGUCGGAUGGCGGUGCUCACAUUCAAGGCUACUUGGUCGAUAAACGAGAAGUUGGCAGUGACGCAUGGCAGCGUGUGAACGCAAUCAUCUGUGCCGCCAACCAAAUAAACUGCCCCAAUCUGAUUGAAGGACGUCAGUACGAAUUUCGAGUUUUCGCUCAGAAUUUGGCAGGCCUAUCGAAAGAAUCGACCGCCUCUCAGGCAGUUAAAAUCAUUGAUCCGAAGGCGGCUUCGCCUCCUUUGAUUGUGAAACCGCUCCGCGAUGCCAAUUGCAUUCAAAACCACAAUGCCCAAUUCACAUGCACCAUAAGUGGCGUACCAAGACCUACCAUUACCUGGUACAAGGGGGCCCGCGAAAUAACCAAUGGGGCGCGCUAUCACGUGUACUCAGAGGGUGAAGAUCAUUACCUUCAUAUUAACGACAUAUUCGGAGAAGACGCUGAUGAGUACGUCUGUCGUGCCGUCAACAAGGCCGGAGCAAAGUCAACACGGGCCGCACUGGCAAUUAUGACUGCUCCAAAAUUGAACGUUCCACCACGAUUCAGAGACACUGCCUACUUCGAUAAGGGCGAGAAUGUUGUAAUUAAAAUACCAUUCACUGGCUUUCCGAAGCCUCGCAUUCAUUGGGUGAGGGAAGGAGAGAACAUUGAGUCUGGUGGUCAUUACCAUGUCGAAGUCAAGGAGAGACACGCCGUUCUGACAAUUCGGGACGGAUCACGACUGGAUUCGGGACCAUAUAGGAUUGCGGCUGAAAAUGAGCUCGGCUCAGAUACUGCAAUAAUUCAAGUUCAAAUAAGCGAUCGUCCGGAUCCUCCACGGUUCCCGCUAAUCGAAAGCAUUGGCACAGACUCCUUGUCUCUGAGCUGGAAGUCACCUGUCUGGGAUGGAGGCAGUGACAUAACAAACUAUUUCGUUGAGCGCCGUGAGCAUCCACUAUCAUCGUGGCUACGUGUAGGAAACACACGUUUCACUUCAAUGGCAGUUACUGGACUAACGCCUGGAAAAGAAUACGACUUCCGCGUCUUUGCAGAUAACGUGUAUGGACGCUCUGAGCCCUCAGACAUUAGCACAUUGAUUAAGACAAAAGAAUCUAUCAAAAAGAAGACGACAGAGCGUAAAUGGGAGCUCGACGAUAACGGCAAGAAGAUACGCGGAAAAGCUGAUGGUCCGAUCAAAGAUUAUGACUCUUACGUAUUCGACAUCUACUCGAAAUUCGUUCCACAACCAGUAGAAAUUUCUCAGCUAAGUGUAUACGAUAAGUAUGAUAUUCUCGAAGAAAUUGGUACUGGGGCUUUCGGUGUGGUGCAUCGAUGCCGGGAAAGAAGCACAGGAAACAUUUUUGCCGCCAAAUUUAUUCCUGUCUCCCAUGCUGUUGAGAAGGACCUCAUUAGGCGGGAAAUAGAUAUUAUGAACCAGUUACACCAUCAAAAACUCAUCAACCUACACGAUGCAUUCGAAGAUGACGAUGAAAUGGUUUUAAUAUUAGAGUUUUUAUCCGGGGGCGAGCUAUUCGAGCGCAUUACAGCUGAGGGCUAUGUGAUGACAGAAGCUGAGGUUAUUAACUACAUGAGACAAAUUUGCGAAGGUAUCAGGCACAUGCACGAAAAUAACAUUAUACACUUAGACAUCAAGCCAGAGAAUAUUAUGUGCCAGACCCGCUCUAGCACAAAUGUCAAGCUAAUUGACUUCGGCUUGGCCACGCGUUUGGACCCCAACGAGGUCGUUAAAAUCACAACAGGAACCGCUGAGUUCGCCGCGCCGGAAAUAGUAAACAGGGAACCUGUUGGCUUCUAUACGGACAUGUGGGCUACCGGAGUUUUAACCUAUGUGCUAUUGAGUGGACUUUCACCAUUCGCUGGAGACAACGAUGUUCAAACACUUAAGAACGUGAAGGCCUGUGACUGGGACUUUGAUAUUGAAUCCUUCAGACACAUAUCUGAAGAAGGAAAAGACUUCAUACGCAAGUUGCUUUUAGCUAACAAGGAAAAGCGAAUGACGGCCCACGAAUGUCUUUUGCAUCCUUGGCUCACUGGAGAUCACAGCGGGUUAACGCAAAAGAUUGCCCGCGAUCGUUACUUAGCCUACCGCGAAAAGUUGAGAAAACAGUACAAGGACUUUGAAAAAUAUCUGCUGCCCAUGGGUCGUCUAUCUGAAUAUUCCUCUCUGAGAAAAUUGCUAAUGGAGAAAUAUAAAAUUCACGAUGCCGUUUUCGAUCGGCGUCAGGCAGCGCCGCGAUUCGUCAUUCGUCCAUCUUCCCAGUUUUGCUAUGAGGGCCAGAGUGUUAAGUUCUACUGCCGAUGCAUUGCAACUGCCACACCGACACUCACCUGGUCACACAACAAUAUCGAGCUGCGGCAGAGCGUGAAAUUUAUGAAACGCUACAUUGGCGACGACUACUACUUCAUUAUCAACCGUGUGAAGUUAGAUGAUAGGGGAGAGUACAUAGUACGUGCUGAGAACCACUAUGGAUCUAGAGAAGAGGUCGUUUUCCUGAAUGUCCAACCACUGCCAAAAGAACAGCCCAAGUAUCGAUCGGAAUCGACUCCGGUUCGCAGGCGUGAACCAUUACCUUACACAUUCUGGCAGGAGGAGUCCGAGUCGGCACCCAGUUUCACAUUCCUUUUGCGGCCACGCGUCAUGCAGGCCCGCGAUACAUGCAAGCUGCUUUGUUGUCUGAGUGGCAAGCCGGUACCAAGCGUCAAAUGGUACAAGGACGGUCGCGAACUUAGCAAAUACGAAUACGCAAUGACCCACUCUGAUGGAGUUGUCACUAUGGAAAUAAUUGACUGCAAACCCUCCGACUCUGGCAAAUACACCUGCAAAGCAUCAAAUUGCCAUGGAACAGAUGAAACCGAGUGCGUCGUUAUCGUUGAAGGAGAAUGGGUUACGCCUGAACAGGCAGAGCUUGCCCACAAUUUCCUUUACUCAGGAGAUCGCAAGUAUAUAGAGCAGCCGAUUAAGCCUGCUCCUCCCCCAAUUAUAACUUCCCGACAGUUUACUUCAACACAUAGCAAGUCGGAAACUAAGGCUGACACAACAACCACAUCAAGCUCAACUAGUUCCUCAACCACACAGAGUAGCAUUUCAGGCAAAAAGAAAUAUGCGGCCAAUAGCCUUCAGGCUCCCGGUAGCCCCUCAAGGUCACGUAGUGCUACCAAAGAGUUAAUACUUCCACCCGAUGAUUCCUUAAUGUUCAAGCCCGAAUUUACGAAGCCACUCUUCGACUUAACUAUUCGUGACGGUGAGCAAUUGGUGUUGACUUGCCACGUAAAAGGUGACCCAGAGCCCCAGAUCACGUGGUCCAAAAAUGGAAAGUCUAUUUCCUCAUCUGACAUUAUGGACUUGAAAUACAAAAACGGCGUUGCAACUCUGACCAUAAAUGAAGUUUUUCCUGAAGACGAGGGACUUUUCAUUUGCACGGCCACAAACUCGAUUAGCGCAGUGGAAACAAAAUGCAAGCUAACCGUUAAACCGCUAGAUAAGAACUCUAAACGUCAUGUGGUUGGCAGUGACAAACCACCAAAAAUAGUUAGUCACUUAGAAUCGCGGUUUGUCAAGGAUGGUGAUGCAGUAACAUUGGCCUGUCGUAUUAUUGGAGCCGAACAUUUCGAUGUGGUCUGGCUGCACAACAACAAGGAGAUUAAGCCCAGCAAGGACUUCCAAUACACAAAUGAGGCAAACAUAUACAGACUGCAAAUUGCUGAAAUUUUCCCCGAAGACGGCGGAACGUACACUUGUGAGGCGUUUAAUGAUGCUGGCGAAUCAUUCAGCACCUGUACAAUCAAUGUCAACGUGCCUGGGGAUGAAGCGAAGCAACCGUCCAUUGUAAAGUUCCCCAUUUCAGUUUCUGUGACUGAGGGCGAGAAUGCCACCUUCGAAUGUGAAGUGGACUCAACGCUUCUAAAUCUGGUUUGGCUAAAGGAUGGCAAACCCAUUGACGAAACACGUACUCGAUACUCAUUUACGAAAGACGACAACCGAUAUGCUUUUACAGUAAGCGGAUGUAACAUGGACGAUGUUGGCCAAUACCAGGCCAAGGCUGUUGCCAAAAAGAGUGAAACCACAUGUGCAUUUUCGGUGAACGUUCACAGCACCGAAGGCUAAUACAGAAUAGAUAAGAUCCAUUAAAAUAACUGUAUACUAUUUACAUGCACACAUAUUUAUGGCCACGACUAGGUAGCAGUAUAUGUAAUGAAUGAGCGUUCACAGAAAUUAUUAGACUGCUCAUAUAAAGCCGCUUUCAUUAUUACAUAUACAUAUGUAUAUGAAUAAAUAUGUUUAUCUAUGCAUAUGUAGUAUGUUAUGCACUUGCAUUUCAUUCAUCUCAACAUCUUAUCCGUACUCCGGCAAUAUCACACUACUUGUGCUUGAAUUGUGCUCUUAUGUACAAACAAAAAAACCAAAACUACCAAAUUAGAUAUUGAUAUAUUGUAAAUCGAUAUUGACUACGAAUACGUUUAAGAAAAAUUUAAAAUAAUUUCAUUUGUUCACAUAUCUAUGACUAACUAUGACGUAAUAAUGACCAUGAACUUAUACAAGCUGAACGGAAAAAUUGCAAACAAAAACCUCGCUAGUUGGCUGAUUUUUGGGCAUCCUCAAUAAACAUCUUAAACUCAAAUAGUCACUGAUAUAGUUAAGGUUUCUUGUCUGCAGCCACAGCAUAACUAACGACACACAAAA